GGUGCUGUCGCGUAAACAAACCCCACCCAGCGCAGUUGUUUACAAUGGAGUUGAUCCACGGCUGCGCUUUAUCUGCUGCUGCUCUUGUUGUGGUUUAUCUUUUCUAUCGUUGGAUCGUCGCCACCCACGACUAUUUCAAGAAGCGGAAUGUUCCGGCCCCAAAACCGUACCCGGUGUUUGGCGGAUUGUGGCCAAUGUUCGCCGGGAAAAUGCAUGCCAUCGAUGCGGCAUCCGAGGGUUACCGACUGUUUCCGGAUGCACGGUUUUCCGGAUUCUGGACCUUUCGAAAUCCUGGUUAUUUGAUUCAUGAUCCGGCACUGGUGAAGCAGAUUGCUAUUAAAGAUUUUGACCAUUUCACGGAUCACGGUAACAAUGUUUCACCGGAGGUGGAUCCAAUUUUGGGACGGUCUUUGUUCUUUAUGAGUGGCCAACGAUGGAAGCAUGGACGAUCUGCACUCAGUCCGGCAUUCACCGGUAGCAAAAUGAAAAAUAUGUUCAGCUUAGUAUCUAACUACGUAGAGAAUGCGAUGUUGAAACUGGUUAACGAUGCCAACGGGGAGAAGAUGGAGAAGGAGAUGAAAGAUCUAUUCCAGCGGCUAGGAAGUGAUGUCACCACAUCGAUCUCGUUCGGUGUGGAGACUGACUCGAUUCACAACCCUGAUAAUGAUUUUUUCAUCAAUGGAAAGAAAAUGACUACCACCAGCGGAUUCCAGGGAUUGAAGUUCCUUUUGAUGUCGCUUUUGCCUGCAACUUGUUUCACGACAUUCGGAUUUCAGAUUACCCCUCGAAGUGUAACAGAGUUUUUCGUAAACAUCGUGUCCAAAACGAUUGAAAAUAGAGAGAGGAACAACAUCAAGCGGCCGGAUUUCAUUCAUCUGCUUACGUUAGCUCGGAAAAACGAACUCAAAACGGAUGCGAUUUCGGAUACCCCGCUGGAGAGUGCCGGAUUUUCAACCGUAGAGGAACAUUUAGCAGCUUCGAGUGGAACUGUACAAUGGACCGACCUGGAUAUUACAGCAGCUGUGGCAUCAUUCUUUUUCGGUGGCUUGGAAACUACUACCACACUUCUUUGCUUCGCAGUUUAUGAACUGACAGUGAAUCCCGAUAUUCAGAAAAAGCUAAGAACAGAAAUUGAUGAUACCCAAAGAAGUAUGGAAGAUCGGAAGUUGACCUACGAGACUUUGCAGAAAAUGCAGUAUUUGGAUAUGGUGGUUUCGGAGGCGCUUCGUCGCUGGUCUCCUGCUGGACUGUUAAACCGCAAGUGUAUCAAGGAAUAUACCAUGGAGGAUUUCAACGGAAAUAGGGUGACGGUCGAACGAGAUCAGGUCAUACAGUUUCCGGUCAAGGCAAUCCAUUUGGAUCCCCGUUACUAUCCGGAUCCGUUGCGGUUCGAUCCGGAACGGUUCAGUAAGGAGCGGGUGCGCAACAUCAGACAGGAUGCGUUCUUGCCCUUUGGCAGUGGUCCGAGAAAUUGUAUCGGCUCGAGGUUGGCACUGAUGCAGUGCAAGUGUUUUCUGUACUUUUUGUUCGCGAAUUUUGUGGUGGAACUUUCCGAACGAACCGAUGUGCCCAUUAAGCUCGACUUGAGGGCACUGGGUAUGCAGACCAAGAGUGGAUUUUGGUUUCAACUGAUUCCGAGAAGGGAUACGGGAGACAUUUGAAGUUUAAGCCCACUAUAAACUGUAUUUUGAAAUUAAAUAAAUGAGUGCCUAUCAUUUUACGUGCUGCAGAAAUCCUGCAAACCAUUUUAUCUUAUGAAUUUAUUAACCAA